ACCGGACCUCGGGACACUCCCACUCAUUCACCUCAACACCAUGUCAAAGCCGUCUCGACCUUACGUACGAGACCUCCAGUUCCGCGGCGUGGUCGAGGGCCUCACCUACCUUGACGAUGAAUCAAACCCGCUGUGCCACUACUUCGGUGGUAUUCCGUUCGGCCUCCCUCCAGUAGGACUAUUCCGCUUUCAGAAGCCCAGAGCACUGCCAACGUGCUACCGCUACGGCACCAAGUCCCAGCCCGGGAGAUUCGUAGGCAGCGCGGGGCUAUGCCCGCAGGCCGCGCGUGAUGACGCGCUGUGGGACGAGGACUGCUUACAGAGCAAUAUCUGGGUGCCGACUGAGACGCCGCCGGACGGAGGAUGGCCCGUGUUGUUCUUCAUCCACGGCGGCUUUCUCCAGGCCGGCAGCCCGAAUACUCUGGACCUGCGCGCGUUCCUCAGCGACUCGCCCACGCGCUGCAUCGUCGUCGCGCCCGCGUACCGGCUCAAUGUGCUCGGCUUCCUCGCGGCGCCCGAGCUGCUCGCCGCAUGUCCCGACUUCACCACUAACCUGGGCUUCUGGGACCAGCGCCUCGCGCUGCAGUGGACGUGGGAGAAUGUCAGCUACUUCGGCGGCAACCCCGCGAACAUCUCCGUGGGCGGCUACUCUGCGGGCGCCCACUCCGCGUUCCACCAGCUCGCGUUCGACCUCGCCGUGCCGGAUGACAAGGCUAUCAUAAAACGCCUCCUCAUGCUCUCCAACGGCCCCGGCAUCACGCCCCGCAGCCCCGCAGAGUCCCAGGCGCAAUUCACCUCGCUCCUCUCCGCGCUGCACAUCCCGCCCACCCUGCCCCCCGGCGAGAAACUCGCCCUCCUGCGCGCCCUCCCCGCGAAAUCCCUCCUCGCCGCCGUCUCCAAAAUCCCCGCGCACCAGUUCCGCGCCGUCCCCGACUCCUCUUUCCUCCCGCCGUCCCUACUCCCCUCCCUAACAACCCCCGCAUUCGCCUCCGCCCUCCUCGCCCGCGGAAUCAAGAUCCUCCUCGGCUCCUGCACCGCCGAACACGCCCUCUACGCAACCCACCACCCCCCACCCCCGGGCCGCCCCGCCCUCGCCGCCCGCCUGGAAGCAGACUACCCGCCCUCCGCCGCCGCCGCACUGCUCGCGCACCACGUCCCCACUGACGCCCUGCCGAGCGAGUAUCGCAGCUGGACCGACGCGUUCGCCCGCGUCUACGCGGCCGCGCAGAUCCACGUCCCGCAAUCCGCGCUCGCGGCCGGUCUGAGCCGGCACGGCGCCGCGCACUUACUGUACCGGUACCGCAUCGGGUGGCGCGCGGGGUGCGUCGAUGCGCGGGUGCCGCGGGCGAUGGGGGUCACGCAUACCACGGACCUCGCGCUGUGGUUCUGGGGGAAUGGGGAGGGUGAGGGGUUGACGGGGGCGGAGAAAGGGGUUGUUAGGGAGGCGGUGCAGAGGCCGCUGAAGGCGUUUUUGGAGGGCGGGGAGGUGGGGUGGGGGGCGCCUGAGGGGUGGGUGAGGGUGUUGAGGGGUGAUGGGUCGGUGGGGGUUGAGGAGGAUAAGGGGGGGGAGGGGUGGCGGGCGCUGUGGGGGGAGGUGGGCGGGGGCGCUGCAGCGGCGAAGCUAUGAGGCGGUUGUGUUUGUCGCCGAAACCACAGGCCCCGCGACUCUGGGCGCCGUAUGCACUGUCCAGGCUAUUCCCCCGGCUGCUAGCCCACGGGGUACCCAUUGAGAGUCCGGCCCAUCCAGAACAGCUACACCACUCUUGGAGCUUUUGACUGGCUGGAUGCAUGCCCACUGUAUCAGCCCGACGUGUCCCCCGCCCCUGUAUAAUGCUUGCUGAAACGUGCAGACCGCGCCUAGUUUGGUACAUCAUACAGGAAGUCCUGCUGUCAGAGAGCGUCCUACAUACCUAACCUGUGAAACCUUGCGUGGAGGUGCUAGACAUCUUCUAGGUAUCUGUAGACAGGGCAAGCGUCUUCUUAUCUCUACCUAGCGUGAGGUUAAUAACACUGUAACUAUUCUAUAUUCUAAGCCCUCCAUGAGUGGCUGCCUAAGCAGGUAUCUAGUAGAGUAGUACCGUAGGUAUAGAGAACUCGAG